AUGUUUUUGAACAAUACUAUAACGCGCUCCGCAUCAUCAACAACAGCAAGUUUAGAAUCAAGUGGUAAUCAAUCUAUUGACAAACCAGCGUUAGUCAAUCGUUUUUUAUCAUUUGAUGAAUCGUCAUCAUCAUCAUCAACAACAACAACAACCGUAAGAAAGAGGGAUACAAAACGACAAACAAGUAAUAUUGAAAAGACAUCAAAUCAACAGUCAAACCAGUUAUUUGAAUUUAUUGAAGAUACCCUCACAGACGAUAACAGUAAUAGUAGUAUUGAAUGUACUCAGUGUUCAAAACUAUUAGCCAGUGAAUUUGGUCUUAUUCGUCAUUUUGAUAUGCAUCAUCCAACAUUAUCUGUACUUUGUUCUCAAUGUCAUAUUGUAUUCAAAUCUCAUCGUGCACUAAAAUCACAUAUCCAUCGAAAUCAUUCCAAAACUUUACAUCAUCACCAUUCUCGACAUCAUGAUACUCCUGAACAAUCAUCAUCACGCUACAAUACACGAACAAUGGCAACCACUACAACAACUUCCACAUCAUUGAGUUAUCUACCAAAUUAUUCUUAUAUUAGUUCUUAUUUAGUUGUAGCAUUUUCAUCAAAACAAUUUCCAAUCAUAGCUAAAUUGGCUUGUGAACAAGAACGCUUACCGUUAGGUGUUUUAACAUCCAAACUAUAUCAAUGUAUUCAAUGUUCAAGAUCUUUCCCAUGUUCAAGAACAUUAAAAUAUCAUUCUGUAACACAUCAUGGUCAUAGUAAAGUUCCUACGUGUAGUGACGCAUUGGAAUACAUCAUUAGUCAGUUAGAAGAUGAAAAUAUCCAAAUGAGUUAUGAAGUAUUGGAUACUAUAAUAAAAAUAAUUGAAACAACUGAACAAAAAACAAAACAAGAAAUGAUGGUAAAACCUCAGCUUCAUCAUAGUCCACUAACAACACCAACAGCAAGAACAGUAAUGAUUUGUUCGUCAACAGAAAUCACAACAACUGGCGGCGGGGGCGAUGAUGAUUCCGGAUUUGGAAGUGAAUAUUAUUUAUCGCCGAUAUCCGAUAUUGUAGAAUUUAACCUCAGUGUGAGUGCAACAUGUCAAUAUCUCAAAUCGACAUCGAAUAUUUUUAAUGAGCAACAACAACAACAACAAGAUCUACUACAUUCAUUUUCAUCUCAACGGUAUUCGACCGAACAGGAUAUGAACGAUUUUGAUGCGUCUUCCUCGUUAUUAUCUUCAUAUGCAUACCAAUUUGGUCUUAUUGAUAAAAGACUAUCACAAAAAUUAACAAAAAUUAAAUUACAACAGCAACGUUCGAUCCAUCCACAAUGUUUACAUGCAGCAAAAACGUGUGCAAAUCUUUGUGUUUCUAAUUUAUCAUCUUAUAAUGAGUUGAUUGAAAAUUAUCCAUUCAAUUCUCAGAUAACAUCGAUACCAAAGGGUAGUCUUGGACAAAUUGUACCCAAAUUACCAGCAAAACGUCCACCAUUACUAGCAAUCAGCGUUCCUGUUCUUCUUUCACCUUCAUCUCCUACAAGUACUACUACUAUUACCUUGUCGAAUGAACAAUCAACAGCAAUGAAACGUAAAUAUCAGAAACAGAAUCGUGCCACGGACACACAAUUGGUGCCUGUCAUGUCAAAUUCACAGUUUACUCAAGAAACAGAGAAGAAAAAUAGUGAUAUUUUUCCAGCAGAAGACAAAUCAAUUCACCUUAAUGGAAGAAUAAACAGAAAUCACAGUAGAUCUAAUGUAAACAAGAAUUCACCUAAAACAAAAACUGAAGAACAACAAGAAACGCCAAAACUACUUAUGAAAACACCCAAGAAACGAAGAUUCGAUACGAUCGAUACUUCUGUAACUACUAGAAAACGUUUUCAGACUUCACAACCAUCUAACAGUCAGUCAAUAUCGAAAAAACCAUUAUUUCCUAAGUCAAUGUUAUCACGAAAUUUGUCAAAAGAAAAGUUACGUUCAUUAUCACCCUCGAGUGUCUCAUCAACAUCAACGCGUUGUUCAACGAUUAUAUCUUCUUCUUCUUCUACAAGUGUUUCAAAAACAUCACCGACAUCAGUUUAUAAACGUCAUCGUAGAACACGUAUUCCAUCUCCUGUUAUGAAAACGCCCAUCUCAUUAACUACUAAAGUUCAAAAAUCAUCACGUGUCAGAGUUGAAGAAAAACAGAAAAAAACAAGUAAACAAAAAUCUAUUCGAGCAAAUGAUGAACAAGAAAAUGAAGAUGAUGAUAAUGAAGUAUUAUCGACGUAUCAACGAAAUAAACGUUAUGCUUCAAAUGGUUCAAAUCAUUCAAUUGAAUACGUACAAACGAUUGAAUUAAACAAUAUUGAAAAUACUAGAGAUGUCAUAAAUACAACCGAUUGUGCGAUUAUCGAUUUAGAAAAGAAUGAACGUUUUGAACAUCCAACAUCACCAGAAACAGUGAACAAUGGAGACGAUGAAAUAGUAAUUUGUGAUUCACCGUCGCCAAAGAGAAAAUAUUCAAGUACACCAUCAACAUUCAUCAAGAAAAAUGGUUUGAUAAAUAAUCAAAAUAACAGUAAAAUAAACAGACAGACCGUACAUAAUGAUGAAGAUGAUAUUUUAUUUCGUUGUAAAGUUUGUGCAGAUAUAUUAUAUGGACGAAAAAAUUUUGCCAAUCAUGUCUUUAAUACCCAUCCAACAUUAUUAAAACAAAAUUUAGCUAAAAAACAACUGACAACAACUAGAUGA